ACAUGUACGUACGUGUACAUGUACUGCACUGGAUCAUGGAACACACGACGUGCAUGCAUUCUGCAAGCAAUUUGUGUGACUGUACAGCAAAUCUCAACUUGACGGAUUUUCAUUCAUUCGAGCUGUAAAGAAUCAUAGUGCAAAGAUGCCGCUCGCUUACGAGAGAAAGAGUGUCUUUGCCAGUCUACCCAGAACAGAGCGUGCUCGUGCAUUCAAUCUCGGCGGUGAUCCAAAGGGAAAGAACUUCCUGUGUACGCAUGAUGUCAAUGUCUUCAUCCGAGAUAUUGAGAAUCCUGCAAUCUGUGACAUUUAUUGCGAGCACAGUGCCCAGACAUCAGUGGCCAAGUAUGCUCCUAGUGGUUUUUAUAUAGCAUCUGGAGAUGUUACAGGUAAACUAAGGAUCUGGGAUACCACACAAAAGGAGCAUAUACUAAAGUACGAGUACCAGCCAAUCUCGGGAAAAAUCAAUGACAUUGCCUGGUCCCCUGACAGUAAGAGGAUUGCAGUGUGUGGAGAGGGACACGAGAAGUUUGCUUCGGUGUUCCUGUGGGAUACUGGCAGUACUGUUGGUAAGAUUGACGCAUCCACCAAACACUGCAACGCAGUAGACUACAGGCCCACCCGUCCGUUCCGCAUUGUGCUUGCUUCAGAAGAUGGGGCCACGACAUUUUAUGAAGGGCCACCUUUCAAAUAUUCAAAGGACCUGAGAGAACACUCAAAAUUUGUGAACACAACUCGAUUCUCCCCCGAUGGCAAUUUCUUUGCUACGGGUAGCUCCGAUCAAAAGGUGUUUAUGUAUACUGGAAAGGAAGGUGAUCUGGUGGUAGAGCUGAAGGAUGGUGCCAGAGCCCAUGUGGGUGGUGUAUAUUCGGUGUGCUUUAGUCCCGACAGUACACGACUCCUCUCUGCAUCUGCUGACAAGACUGUCAAAAUGUGGGAUGUUGAAACCCAUCAGGUUAUCACGACUUUCAAGUUGGGAGACACCAUACAGGAUCAGCAAUUGUCUAUCCUGUGGCAGGGAGAUUACAUCUUGUCUGCCUCCCUCUCGGGUUAUAUCAACUACUUGGACAAAAAUAACCCGGACAAACCCUGGCGGAUCGUAAAGGGCCACAACAAAAACAUCUCAACGUUUGCUCUGUCAAGCGACGCAUCCUGCAUCUACUCGGCUGACAUCGAUUGUAAUGUUAUGUGCUGGAAUGCGGAGACCAGCGAAUGCGAGGCUACCACAGGAAAGUCUCACACCAACAUGUUGAUGGAUAUGAGCACCAACGGCGACACCCUGGUCACAGUGGGAAUGGAUGAUAAAAUUCGAUUCAUUGACACAAUAAAGAAGGAGUUCACUGACGAAGUCAUUGGAUUGGACAGCCAGCCACAAUGUGUGACCUCAAAGGGGGAUCUUAUAGUGGCUGGAACACUUCAAGACCUUUGCUUGUUCAAGGCACACAACAAAGUUGACUCGGACGCCAUUCGCUAUGAAGCUAAAUCAGCCCAUCUGAGCCCUGAAGGAAGCUACUUAGCUAUUGGUGGGAGUGACAGCAAGAUACACAUCUACGAUGUGGCAGAGGAAAAGCUCAAGGAGGUUGAUCAGCUGACCACAAACGAGCCUGUCUGUGCUCUGCAGUUUUCCCCAGAUGGAUUGCACCUUGCUGCCAGCUCCGGCAAGAAAGUCCUCCUGUUCAAAGUCCAGGAAUUUCAGCCGGUUGAAAACUUCUGGUCAGGCCACAGUGCCCGUAUCAACUCUCUGUCUUGGAGCCCAGAUAGCAAACGCUUUGCCUCUGUAGGAGUUGAUGGCUCUGUUGGAGUGUGGGCAUUGGACACCUUGCGUGGAAGCAACAUGAUCUUGGGUGCCCAUCCAAAGACGAUCAUAACUAAAGUUGCAUGGCGAGACAACACCACCAUUGUGUCCGCAGGGCACGACAAGUGCAUCAAGCAGUGGACAGUGUAGAGGUAGAUCGGAAGGCUGGGGGCUGCAGGUCAGAGGUCAGGUCAAGGGUCACCAAGAGGUCGGUAUUUUCAGAGCAUUCUUGUAUCUUUAGGAGCAUCAUUAAGAUGCAACAUUAAGCAUCAGACACAGCUGUGAAAGUGCUUGUCACAAAUGCCUGCACACUGCCAGAAACAUCAUUUUUCAACAGGUCAAAUUUGUGACCUGUGACGACAAUGAGCCGAAAGUCAGAAUUUUCAAAAAUUGAGAUAUUGGCUGAAAGACAGCUCUCCAAUGGUACGUACAUGGAACAGCUAAGGUAAAAAUAUAAGGAGACAAUGUGACAUUCUUUUGGCAGCUUCGCGUCUUUGUUCCCAACAUUGUUUCAACAUUUCAGACCAGGCACGAAUAAUACUAUCAUCAAAAUUGCUGUGAAAAUGAAAAUUUGAAAUCUGUGAUCCUGCAAUAUAUUUGGAAUUAAAUAGGAGACAGGUUACCUUUCCAAGUAUUACAUAACGCCAAACUCCACUUCAAUAUUUGAGUUUGAACCCUCAAAAUAGCAAAGAGCAGGAUGCAACUUUACUCUCAUUUUGUCACGUCGGGUCACAUUUUAUCCAGGGAAUUUAAUUAAACCCUAAUUCGCUAUAUCCCUCUCCUUAGAGACAGGGAAAAAAGCAUUUAUCCAAGGCAAAAUUCAAAACUCCACAGGCAAUUUCUGUAGGUCUAAAGCAUGAAUGGGCGAUGAGCAGCAAUGUCCCUCGAGGGACAUGUUCUUCCUGCAAAUAAUUAAAUACCUUAUUAAAAGAAAGGCCCAACUGCACCAUUAGGGCGGAGGAGAAUUAAUUAAUUUCCUUUGGGACUAUUUCCUUUGGGACUUCAAAAAAUUUCAAUUUUUUUCUUUUGAACUCAAAAAAAUGUUUUGUAGGAGUCGGGUCCAUCUUUCAAAAUAGUAUUGAAUUGCUUGUGCACACCCGACACACAAGUGAACCUCAUCUCAGAAUGUGCUGAUCCUUCGUGCUGAAGGGGUUAAUAUUAGCAGUGGCAAUUAUUUGUCGACCUGGCCUGUCUAAGUGUCACCCGUUGAGGGGGUGCUCCUGCAUGGAGCCCUUACCACACUUCACUCAAGUUCUGAUCAGAAAUGUUGACAGUUUAAGUAGAAGAAUGAAUGUCUGAUUUUGCCCAUUUGGUAGCUUCUUGGUGACUGCUAACUCUACCAAAAGAUAUAGAUACAACACAGUUUCUUCCAGACGUCUAGAAUUUUGAAUAUAAUUUUGUAAAUGUAAGCUUAAAAUGUCUACGUUUCAAUAUUUAGCAAGCUAUAUUUUAAGGCAAGGAGGUUUUAGUUUUCAUUGUAGGGUUGGUAGAUGCAUGUAAUAUAUAGGUAGAUACUUUUUCUUUAUCACUGUGAUAAAAGCUUCACAACAUUCAGAGGUAGGAAGUUAUAAUCACUGUAUUUUUUUAAGUUGUGAUUAUUGGCAAAUUCUCAGUCAAAUGCAUCAGAUGGAAGACAUUCUAUGCAGUCCCAAUUAGAGCUUGGUUUCUGGAGCUUGGGAAAAAUAACAGUGAAGUGAGUACCCAUGUAUGUUACACCGCUGCGCAGAGUGUUUGUGUGAAAUGUAAUGUGGUUGCGUUCCACGCAGAAUAGAUUGGUAACUGCAUAUAAACUGUACAUUGGCUCUGUGGGUCAUUAUUGAAUAAAAUGAUGAAUCAGGGUCAUAAGGGUGAAUGGAGAGAUAUCUUGCUCAGUUGCAAUGCAUGUCAGCAAACCAAAGAGAGAAACAGACUGUUCAUGUGAAUUAAGGAACCUGAACCCCAAGGGUGAAUCUAGCACCAUUUGUUUGAGGGGAGGGAACUAUUUGGUUUGUUAAUUUAACCUUUUAUGGCCUUUCUGGGGUGAGGCUACAUUUGGGGAAUAUUUACAUGCUUUGGUAAAAGGAGAAAUGGAAUGCAGCCAAAAAAGCCAUCCCUUUUUAUAUUCGACAAAGAAAAAAAAUCCCUCAUUGUUUUUGGGGGAGCAUGGCCUGUUCCCCCCCCUCCCUUGGCUUACCCUUGUUGAUCCCUGUUAGCAUUAUUUAUGCUAAGCAUUGCCCCAUUCACAAAUCUGGAUUUUCGUAAGGAAUUUGCCCCGUAAAUUGUGCGGGCAAGUUUUGAAAACUUUAAAUAUCUGAGAAUUAGGUCACUCCCUGGUGAUCAGAAAUUCUGUAGAAGAGUUGAUAAUCCUUUGGUAAUUUGCAUUUUUGUGGUCUGUAAUUUCAGAUAGAAGUGCCUCUUACCUAACUAAUGUGUGCUGUUCAGUAUAUGAAGGCAUUUUAUUUAAGGGGCAAUGAACAAUCUUUCACAUUAGGGUACAUAAAACAUGCAGAUAUUUCUGUUUUUUUUUUUUUUUCAUUUUAGUUGUGUUAACAAAGAAAUUUCUCAAAAGACUAUUUAACAACUAGUUGGGAACUUAUGCAAAAUGAAUUAAUAUAGAUUGUUUAUAAUGGUGUUUCAUUUAUCCAAACACAACUUUAGCAUUUUUCAGCCACUAAUUAGAGUUUGAAAUCAUAUGUCAACCAAAAGUAUUACCUUCAAUUAAUGGUGUUGUCACCAACUUGAAGUCAAAAAACAAUUUAUGAAUCAGAUGUAACUUGUUCAGAAUAAUUUGUACUAACUAAAUGGAAUGAAAAUGAGAUGAAAAUGGCUUUUUAAGUAUAAAUGCAUUUGUCCAAAUCUGCUUACACUCUACUUAUUUGAGACUUUAAUGUGGAAGACGUUUGUCCAACGAUUUUCCACAAAAAAACAAGGUGUAUUUCCCAUUCUAUAGAAUAUCUUGAUACAGAUGUCAAUUUCUAAGUAUAAUUUUGAUUAAAGUCAGCGCAUAGGUCAGAACAUUUAUCUCGGCAUGUUAGUAUUAUUUCAAGCAAGUGCUGUUUAUAGCCACUCAGUGAUUUAUUAAGGUUGAAGAAUGUGAUUUGAGUGGAACUUCUUUGACAACAAAGAUGAUGUGGGGUGUGUUCUACGUUGUUUAACUGUUGUAAAAGUUGAAAUACAUAGUCGAUGAAAUAAACACAGAACCAAACAUUUUUUAGAGAUUAUGUAUCUGACAGGGGACAAUUACUUUCCAGAGUUCAGAGAAUGCAGAAACUCUCAAUAAAUAUAGGCAGAAAUACAGGCAAAAAUAUUGAGUAAUUUGCCUUCAUUUUGCAACAUCAGGUGGCCCUGUAGUGGGAUAAUUUGGAGGAGGAGACUUCAAGCAUUCUGCCGACACCUGUUCACAACAGCUGACAGCCAAUUGAGUAUACGUGUAGUAAUUAACCUGCAUUUACCAGACAUUUUAUUGUGCUUUUUAUUGUGCUCUCAAACAUAAAAUUGGUAAACAAUUCAGGUAUGCAACAAAUAUAAAUGGUCGAGUAAUAUUACUUCCAAAUUAAGUGUAUUUUUCAUAUUAAGCAGAACUAAAAUGGCUGAUCCAGUAUAUGUAUCUGCUGGAGAAAAUUCUUUCAGAAUUCACACUCUAAGCAAUAAAUUCCUUUUAGUGUAAUAUGCUAAAGUUAAUUGAAAGGAAAACAUUCAGGUUGGUCUUUUAGAAAGUCUGUGGAACCAUUUUUGCUCAUUCUUUAUACAAAUAUCGGAGCCGCUAUUUUCUCAGUAGAAAAAUUGUGUAAUUGAAAAUAAUGCUUUGUUAAUGCACUGUAUGUAAAACAAAAUCAGCCUCUGGAUAUGAAACUCAAAUAAGCAAAAUUGAUUCAUUAACCAAUGCUCAAAAUAAUCUGAUCAGAUCUCAUGUAACAUGUACAAAUAGGUUUCAUAAUUGCGGGGACGAGCUGUGCCCUUGUUAGUGAGGAGACCUACAACAAUGUACUGAUAUGAAGUUCUCACAACUCGGUUCUCACAACUCGGUCCUCAGUCCACAUCUUCCUCACAAAAACUGUUCCAGGUUCACAAUCUGUUGACGAGGUUUGAACAUGGAGAAAGGACCCCUGUGGUUUGAAUGAUGGAAACACAUAUGAUGCCAUGCACGGCACAGCGGCGAUACCGCUACAGUUGACACAGGUUGACGUUGACCAACACCGUGCAAUCUACAUAAGCAGAGCAACGGGUAUACAGAAGUCUGUAUGUAUACAGAUAGGCUAAUCAUUUCAGAGCUGCGGACACAGUCUCAAAUGCGCGAGUGCCUAUGGCCCUUUGGCACACACCAAAAAAAUGGUUGAACUUGAAGUCGCAAUAUUUUCAUUGGCAUGCAAUGACACAAAUAGCAAAGUACUUUCAUUCACCAAAAGGAUUCACAAUAGGUUUCUUUGAAAAACACACCCCAUCAUAACUUCAUUGCAUCCAGUACUUUGAUCUGUCAUCGCAAAUGGACACUGUAAAUUAUGACACAUCAUGUCACAACCGAAGUGCUCUCUGCUUCUUGGAACUGUAUGCUAGGCAAAGUACAGCCAACAUCAUCUUUUUGAUACACUCGGACUACAGAAAGAUGUCUGAUUGACAUGAGAACAGUUUGAAAAGUGUUAGUCUCAAACUCAACGCAUGAGACUUGGUGGUCCACUGUUUCAACUUGUUUCCCCCACACUCUGCACUACAAACAUGCUGAACGAUACUUCCACCAUUAAGAUCCUAUUAAAUCUGUUUCUACACAGGAUUUGAAAACAAACUUUCCCUAUCUGUUUUUUAGUCUCCAAGAUGCAAAAAAA